AUGAACAUCAACAAGAAAUUCGACCGCUUGAAGCAAUGGACCAACGAGAAAAUGGGCGCCGAGGCCCGCACUGGCCUGUCCGACGAGUUCAAGGCGCUGGAGUUGGAGAUGAAUCUGCGCCAUGAAGGUAUGGACAAGAUGCAAAAGUCCAUGGCGGUGUACGUCAAGUCGCUGUCAAAGCGUGCAGAGGGCGACGACAAGGAGAAGCAGCUCCCUGGAGGCCACUUGGGCUCAACCAUGGUCACCCACGGCGAGGACUUUGAGCCCGACUCCGAGUUUGGCAACUGCCUAUCAUCUCUCGGUCGCGCCAACGAGCGACUGGCACGAGUCCAGGAGACUUAUGUCGCCAGCGCCACUACGUCAUGGCUGGAGGGUCUUGAACGCUCCCUGAUUCAGAUGAAGGAGUACCAGGCUGCCCGCAAGAAGCUCGAGACGCGCCGCCUGGCCUACGAUACCUCGCUCGCCAAGAUGCAGAAGACCAAGAAAGAGGACUUCCGCAUGGAGGAGGAGCUGCGCGCACAAAAGGCCAAAUACGAAGAGACCAGCGAAGACGUCUUCCGAAGAAUGCAGGACAUCAAGGAGUCUGAAGUCGAAAUGGUUCAGGACUUGACCUCCUUCCUCGAGGCCGAGCUGAGCUACUACGAUCGCUGCCGUGAGGUUCUCCUGAACGUCAAGCGUGAAUGGCCUGUCAGAUCAACCGCACAAGCCACCCGCCCCGCACGAUCGCGCUCCGUCAAUACUGCCCACGGCUACGCUGACCGCUUCAACCCGGUAGAGGAAGAGCCCGAGCCCGAAGCCCCGCGCCUUGUUAUUCCAAAGCUGUCUUCUCGCAACCGCUCCCCAACGGAGAACUCGUCGCCAGGGGGUUAUGCGCUGCGCCCCUCGAUGAGCCGAACAUCAACCUAUGACAGCACCACGAACGGUCGCGACGACUCUCCCGCUCGCCGUCUGACACGCGUGCCCACCGAUUCGUCAGUCAUUUCGAGUCGAAACAAUCUCCGCCCCGUUCGCCAAACGAAUGCAUUCGCCGAUGAGUACGAAGACGACUAUCGGCAGUGUGAUGUCGCGAGCCGCGAGCUGGAGCGCAGCGGAUUCUCUCGGAUCGACCGGGAAGAAAGCACCACCACCACCUCCCCCGUCGCGCGCGAAGAAGCCCCCGCCACCUCCGCCUCCAAUGAAGCGAAGUGCGUUGAGUGCCUCUGA